AUGCCUAAGAGCGUGGUGAGCGGCAACGGCGGAGGUGACCCCUACAAGGAGGAGAUCGCCCAACUCCGUGCACUUUUGGCGGAGGGCGGGUUUGACAAGGAUGCGUUGGAGGGGCGCUACCUGAACCAGCUACGGCGGGCCCGGCAGCUGGGGGUGCAGCUGGAGGCGGAAAAAACCCACAGUCGCCAACUCUCGGCGCAGCUGGCGGCGCUGCAGGCGAAGGCGCAGGACGCAAAUAGCAGCAGAGGCGUUGAGCCCUCGAAGGGGCGUGGGCGGCAGGCGGAGGGCGGCGAUCAGAGUGAGGAGCAGCAAAGUACGACGGUCGCGCUUAAGGAGCGCCUCGAGCGGGCGUACAUGCAGCUGAACGAAAGUAAACUGCAGCUGGAGGAGCAGAAGAAGGAGUCGCAGCGCCUGCGCAAGCUGCUGCAGCAGGAGAUUGGUGGUACCCCACAUGAAUUAGAGACGCUGCUGAAGGGCGCAGCGGAGAGUGGCGCGGGUUGGCGCGGCCGGGCGCAGCAGAUCGUGCUGCUGAAAGGCAAAGUAAAGGAAUUAGAGCGAACGCUGGCCGCAACGGCGGCUGCCGUGGCUGCUUCAGCGAAUUCGGACGGAGAGGAGAGCAGCGGUGGGGGCGGGACGGCGCCUCUGCGUGGACGGGCCGGCGGGGCGUCGGUAGCCACCGACACCGUCACCGCGUUGACGUCGCGUAACCGCGACUUGGAUGACGUGGCGCGUGCGCGCGUGGCGGAGCUUCAGGGUCGUCGCCUUCUGCAGCUGCGGGAGGUGCAAGAGGAACUCGACAAGCGCACGGCGGAGCUGGAGGCGCAGCGGCGGCGCGCGGAGGCGGCGGCGGCGCGCCACGUCAAUUUGGAGGCAGACAACCACGCCCUCCGCGAGCACCUGCGGACGGUGCUGGCGAAGACGGAGAACGACAACCUCCUCAUCGACGCCUACAAGGAGGAGCUGACGGAGCUGCAGCAGGCGCUGCAUGCGGCGCGGAUGCAGCUGCAGGAAUGGGAGGCGUGGGAGGGUGGGGGCCCGCCGAGAGGGCGCGGGGCAACGGCAGCGAGGCAGCGGGAGCGGCGCAAGAGCAACUCCCCCCGUCUGAGGGACGAGAAGCUCGACGCGGACACGGCAGUGGCGCUUGCGGGGGCCGACGCGGCAAUUGAGAUAAACCGCUUGAGGAUAGAAAACGAGGAGCUCCGGAUGCGGCUGCUCCGCUGCGGGGGCCGCGACGGCGGCAGCAGUAGUGGUGCUAGUGGGAGUCCGCCCCGCCCGGGCCCCGGCGAUACGCCCCGCGGGGCGAACGACGACACGGCCCUCGUCCUGCACUGGCUGCGGACGGUGGCCCCAGCGCCGCCGACUGCGCAGAGUUGCGGUGGUGCCUGGCAGGCCGCCGUGGCGGAGGUCCUUCGCCGGGCGCACGCCGCGGUGUGUUUCCUGGAGCAGCAGCGCGAAGAGGACGGCGCCCGGCUCAGCCGCUGCUACGAGGCCAUGCAGCGUCCGCAGGAGGAGCAGAAGCGGCGCGGCGCAGGAGGGUCGGUGCGGCGGGGAAACAAACCCAGCGACGGCGGCGGCAGCGUCGACGACGACGACGACGGGGGCGCCGAGGCUGCGAUGAUGGCAGACGUCGUUCUGCAGGAGAACCGAGCGCUGAAGAAGCGGCUGAAAGUGCUGCAGGCGUUGAUGGAAAAGGAGCGGGCGGCGUAUGAGUCCCUCCGCGUCGCCGCCUCGGACGCCCUGCCCGGCAACGCUGCCGCCCCUGUGGCCCACGCGACUGCUGCCGCCACCUCCACCCCCAACAACGGCGACGAGCAGGCUGCAGAAGGGGGUAUUGGCGAGGCACCAGUUACCGCCGCGGCGUAUCGGCAGCUAAGGUCGCAGUACGAAGAGCUGCGCUGUGCCUUUAACUCUCUUCAGAAGGAGCGCCUUCGGCGUGGUGGCGCCUAA